GUUCAUUUAUCCACUCGGCCGCAUGAUGUACUUCUGCAUACAAUUGCAUGACAAAGAUACCUCAAACUAACCAUUCAUCCUGUCGGAUCCCAGCCGCCGGUACCUAGGCGGAGCUGGGUUCCGGUGGGUGCCCGUCCGCGUCGAGAGCUAAAUAACUCAGCCAGUCAUAUCACCCACGAGAUCGAACACCAUGGAACUCCUAGAACAGGUCCUCCAUACGGUACGGUACAGUAUAGUACAAUCUGUCAGUAUUGCGUUGCGUGCCUUGCGUCUCGGGGAGCAGCUUGGCAGCUUCCGUACGUUACCGUGAGCAUCGGCAGCGAUCAUCAUCGACAGGAAGCGAGUGCACGGUGCCAAACCAAAUUCCCCCACGGGCCUCAAUUCAGUUGACCGACCAAUCCAGAUGCGAACCAGGGCUCGGUCGCUGACAGCACUUUGCGAUAAAUUAUGCAAUGCGUGGCUUUCCGUCUCUAUCACCUGGAAGCAGACAGGCCCAGGGCCUCAGUGCGGUUUGUUUUUUGUGUGACGGGGCGUAUCACAGCCGAUCUCGUGCUUUGGGCUGCGCGCUAGCCUUGGGCGCCGUAAAAGUCAAUUGUGUGCCCAAUUGACCACGCUUGCCACGGAACCUGCAACUUUUGGCAGUAGUGCGACAUUGACGGCGGCGUCUUGCAAGACCACAGCAUUCUGUAAUGUAUGUAAGGUGUUCAAGCUACCAAAAUGUCUAAGCGAAUCACCCCACGCUUCAUCAACCUUGUACCAGUAACAAUGGGUACAGGAAGCACCCGAAGCCGAAAUGCUCUCUCUUUUUUACCAUCCAUCUUGACCCCUCAUCUCGACGUGGCGCCAGGGCGCUGGAGCUUUUUGAUUCUUCUGGUCCAAUGGGGCCCGAUGCGGCCCGGUUCUGACCACCUGUUGCUCGCCUCGAUCUGUCAAGUGGAAGAGAGGCAAUUCCCGGCCCGUGGGGUUUGCAGGUGCCAACCAGCCAUUGGCUUUUCUUUUUUGUGCUUAAUACUUUUUUUUUCCUCCUUUGUCGCCCCAUAAUAUCGCCAAAGGUGCUAUAUUAUAGGUUGCCGGGGGGCGUGCAAAAUUCCAUGGUACCCCCUGCCUUCUCGAAGCCCAAUGUUUUUCUCCGCCGUUUUGAUCGCUCAAUUCGUCUUCAAAGGAAACCCUAUCAAACCUUGAACAAACAGUUGCUUUCUGGCUUCUUUUUCUCCUUCAAUCUUCAAGCAUUCCCCUGGUGAUUCCCAUUAUUGUGUACUCGUGAUACCCCUUUAGUUUGCAACCGAUUCUCGCUGCUUUUGUUGUCAGAAGCCCGCACUAGCAAUCUACAUUUGUAUACCAAGCUUGAGCUAUCUCCUGGGCUCCUCAUCUCCACGAUUCGAUUACUCUCACAGACAUAGAUCACCAUCGAAAGUGACUGCGGGGAUAUACCCUUUUUCACCUCGAGAAACUUCACAGAAACACCCCAAACAAACGCCCCACAUCUUGUGACGUCUUUGGUUGUUGUUUACACUCGAGAGGGGCGUGGUUCCUGCGCUGUUCCUGCGCUCAGGUGGAGGCAAUUCUGUUGAUAAGACCGUUCGGCCAGGCUCUCUCGCCAACCGCUGGCUUGCAGAGGCCUCAAGCCUUUACAAGGUCACCAAAGAAUGAGCUUCAAAGAUGUUUCCUACUGUCCGACACGGACAAGUGGAUGGGGUGAUGAGGUUGCUGUAAGCUCAUAUGGCGAGCCACAGUACGCAGACUACUCAAAAGUUGAGUACUUUCAGCCCUCAGAUGCAGAGGAUGAUCAAAAGCCAUUGGACCAGAAUGGAGAUGGCCAAGAUGGAGGGAUACCGGCAGAGGAGGAUGAAUGGCCGACGACGCCCCUGACGGCGGCCCAGAAAAAGGCCGCCAAAAAGGCAGCCAAGAAGGCAGCAAAGAAGGCCGGUGCCGAGGUAGUACCAGAAACGCCCAAGGUAGAGGAGCCAGAGGUCAUCCCAGAAGAGGAGUUGGCAGCCACAGGGAAGAAGAAGAAAUCAAAAGGCAAGAAGAGCGCCGUUGAGGAGACGCCCACUCCUCUAGUCGACGACGGCGAGGUUUUGGAGAGCCCAAAAUCAAAAAAGAAGUCAAAGGGCAAAAAGGACGCUGAGAUUUCCGAAGACGAGGGCGACAAGAAGGGAAAGAAGAGCAAGAGCAAAAAGACCGAUCCAGAGCCUGCUCCGGCGGAUGAGCUUGCUUUAGAGUCCUCCAAGUCAAAGAAAAAGAAAAGCAAAAAGGCUGCUGCUGAGCCAGAGCCAGCGCUGGAACCACCAGCGGAAGAGGAAAAGGCCAAGGAUGAGACUAAGGAAGUCGCUGCUGAUGAGCCUUCCGCACCUGCCGAUGAGCCUUCCGCACCUGCCGAUGAGCCGCCUGCGCCUUCUGAUGAGCCUUCGGCAACUGCCGAGGUCACUUCACCUGCGGCCGACGACGUCGUAUUCGAAGAGGUGAAGAAAUCCAAGAAGGACAAGAAGAAGAGUAAAAAGAAGGGAGCCGAAGAGCCCCCACCUCCGCCUCCUCCUGCCCCGGUCGAGGAGGUCAAGAGCUCGAAAAAGGACAAAAAGAAGAAGAGCAAAAAGGGCGCAUCGGACGACACUCCUCCUCCGCCGCCUCCUGCCCCCGCGGAAGAAGCGGCUCCAGCAGCUCCCGAUACAGAACCGGUUCCUAGCGCUGUCGAGGAACCGGCUGCCCAACCAGCUGAGGAAACGGCUGCAUCUAGCACCGACGAGAAAUCAGCAGAUGCGACGCCUGCUUCAGAACAGCCACAAGCGGAUCCCGAGGUCGCCGUCGAUCAGAAAUCCGACGACCCUACUUCUGAGGAGGCAGCCCCAGCAGCUAGCGAGACAAAGCCAUUGGAGGCUGCAGAGGAUGCACUCGCUGUUGCAGAAGCCGAGAAAGAUGCCGCGGUCACCGAAGAAGCAGCAGCGCCGGUUGCCGAGUCGGCAGCUAUAGAGGCAGACGGUACGGCAGUUGCCGGCAAGGAUGCGGAAACGCCUCAAAAAUCAGAAGAUCCUGCCGAAGCACCUGCCUUGCCAACUGCAGCAGAUGCACCCGCCGAGGAUGGACCGGCUCCCGCUGCUGAUGCACCGGCAUCUGAACAGCCUACAGAACCUGCUCCCGCUACCGAGGAAAAUACAACGGAAAGGGCUCCAGAGGAAGUCGAUUCCACGGCAAAGGCUGAAGCUCCUCCAGUGACUGAAGAAAUAGUUUCGGCCACCAACGCGGAUGAAGUUGCCCCAACGACCGCCGAGGCACCAGAAUCUUCAAAUGCCGAAGCAGCAGUUGAUUUGGCCACCAAAGAGGAAGCCCCCGCGAGCUCAGACGACGCAACUCCAAACAAGGCCGAGGAUGCAACAAUGCCCUCAGCUACUGAGAAUCCACCGGCUGCAGACGCUCCACCUGCCAAUGUCGAGGAAGUGCCUCCGCCCAAUGACGAACAGGCAACUUCGAAACCGGAUCCCGCGAAUGAUGAGGCGACCAAGGAGGAAGCUCCUGCAGCUUCGGACAAAGCUACCCCUGAAAAGGCCGAUGAACUCACAUUCUCUAUCGACGAGCAAAAGCCUGCCACGGACGCUCGGGAGCCAGAUGUUCCGGACACUAAAGAUGAACCCGCUGCUUCCAGUGAGACGGCUGCUCCGGCUACUGAAGAGGCACCAGCUACAGCAUCAGCUCCCGCGGAGGAGACCAAGGCUGUAGCCGAUGAGGCGGCGCCUUCUGAUGCGAAGGAGGAGAGCACCCCUGAUUCUGCGGCUGCAGCCCCUGUGGUCACGGAAGAAGCGCCAAAAGACCAGCCCGUAGUCGCCCCUCCACCGACAGAAUCGGAAUCUGUAACGCCUCUACCAGAGACGGAGCUCGAGGCGGAAUCGUUGCCGUCUCCAAAGAAGGAUAAAAAGAAGAAGAAGAAGAAGGGCAAGUCAGGCACAGCCACUCCACUGGAGGCCGUGAUUUCAUCGCCGCCUGAGUCUGAGGCGAAGCAAGAACCAAAAGCCGAGCCUGAAUUGAAGGCAGAACCAGAGUCUGAAGCGAAGCAGGAAACAGAGGCUGAGCCAAAACAAGAACCGGAGCCUGAGCCUGAAGCGACCCAAAAACCAGAGGCCGAACCUGAAGCGAAGCAAGAACAGGAGCCUGAGCCAAAACAAAAGCCGGACCCUGAUGCUCAGCUGAAGGCAGAAGCAGAGUCUGAAGCGAAGCAGGAAACAGAGCCUGAACCAAAACAAGAACCGGAGCCUGAGCCUGAAGCGACCCAAAAACCAGAGGCCGAACCUGAAGCGAAGCAAGAACCGGAGCCUGAGCCAAAACAAAAGCCGGACCCUGAUGCUCAGCUGAAGGCAGAAGCAGAGCCUGAAGCGAAGCAGGAAAUAGAGCCUGAACCAAAACAAGAACCGGAGCCUGAGCCAAAACAAGAGCCGGAACCUGACGCUCAACUGAAGGCAGAACCAGAGCUUGAACCGAAGCAAGAGACAGUGCCAGACUCGCAGCAAGAACCAGAGCCUGUUCCCUCCGCAUCUUCUAAAAAGGAUAAGAAAAAGAAGAAGAAGGGCAAGUCAGGCACAGCCACUCCUAUCGAGGCCAUAAUUUCGUCUCCGCCGCCUGAGCCCGAGCCAAAACAAGAACCGGAGCCUGAGUUGAAGCAAGAACCGGAGCCUGAGUUGAAGCAAGAACCGGAGCUUGAGCUAAAGCAAGAGCUAGAGCCUGAGGCGAAGCAGGAACAAGAGCCUGAGGCUGAACUCAAGCAAGAAUCGGCGCCGGAACCUGAUAUGAAACAAGGAUUAGAGUUCGAACCGAAACAGGAACCAAAGCCUGAGGCGAAGCAAGAACCAGAGCCUGCUCCGCCCGCUUCCUCCAAGAAAGACAAGAAAAAGAAGAAGAAGGACAAGCUUGCUGCUGCCGCAGAUGAGACAAAGAGCGUGGGUGCUCCCUCGCCUGCGGAGCCAGCCCUUGUUGAGGAAGCACCGAUCGAGGCAGUGCCCGUGGCAGCAGAGCCGGUUGAGACAGCACCAGUCGAGGCAGCGGCCGUUGAAGCAACGCCCGUCGAAGCACCAUCACCCAUAGAGCCAAACGCCGCCGAGGCGGCAACAGCAGCAACAGCUGCCGUAAAUGUAGCUCCGGUUGAAACAGCUCCGGUUGAAGAAGCGUCCACCGAGGCCGAACCAUUAAAGGCGGAACCCGUGGGUGUGGAAACCGUGGACACAUCUACUUUGGAUGCAGCUUCUGCAGAGCCAGAGACUCUAGCAGCACCAGUAAAGCCUGACACAGACGAGUUGCCUUCUUCAUCUAAAAAGGACAAGAAAAAGAAGAAAAGUAAGGAUGUGGCUGACGUGGCUCCUCCUGAUGAGGCUAAAGUUCCGACGGAAGCGGAGACUAGCGUGACGGAAGAGGCGGCGACACCAUCGAGGGACAAGAAGAAAAAGAAAGACAAGGGCGCUGAUGCAACCCCUGUCGAAGUUGUGGCUGCAGUUGAGCAACAAAAACCGGAACCGGCAGUGCUUUCCAAGAAAGACAAGAAGAAAAAUAAGGACAAAGGUGCAUCGGAUCCCGAGCCUGUUCCAGAAGUCCCGCCUCCAGUUGUACAGGAAGAGGAGAUACCAGCAUCUUCACAGAAAGAUAAGAAGAAGAAGAAGAAGAAGGACAAAGGUAAGGCUGACACUGAAGCUGAAGUCGGCGACCAAGCCAGCUCUCCAGCAGCAACAGAUGUCCAAGAAGUAGCAGCACCAGAGGUUCAGGAACUCGGCAACGAAACUAGCGCUUCAGCAGCACCGGAUGUCCAAGAAAUCGCAGCGCCAGAGAUCCAGGAGCUUGACAAAACCAGCCCUCCAGCGGCGUCAGAGGUCCAAGAUCCCGAAGAGGAUCUGAAAGCAUCUUCUAAGAAGGAUAAGAAGAAGAAGAAGGACAAGGCUAUUGAAUCCACGCCCGUCGAAGCUCCUCCACUCCCCAAGGAGGAAGAGCCCGAAGAAGAUUUGUCGACGUCCAAGAAGAAAUCUAAGAGCAAAGACAAGGACAAGGACCAGGAAAAGGAUAAGAAGGGCAAAAAGGACAAAAAGAGCAAAGCCGGCAAAACAGUCGCAGCUGCAGCGGCUAUUGCACCUGCAGCAGUCCUUGCCGCAAGCGCCCUCGAAGCCGAUGAGCCAGAAGAUUCGCAAGCCGCUGAUGACAGCGGCGCAGUGAACGGAGAGGAACCGGCACGUGCUGCAGAGGACAACGUGCCGCCGGUGGCAGAGGUACCGUCCGAAUCUGUUGAUACACUGGAGUCGGAGGAAAGUGCUGCUACGAAAGACACAGUCGACGUAGCGACUGGCGAAGAACCGGCGCAGUUGGCUGCUCCCGACGAGAGUGGGUCUCCGGUUUCAGCCGAAAAUGAGCCGCCGACCGCUGCACCCCAGGCGGAUGAUGCUGCUCCCAAAGACUCGGAGGCCGAUCCUUGCGAACCGGAGGCGCCAAUCAAACCAGCAGAUGUGGAGAGCGAUGUUAUGCAAACUCCGGACGUCGUGUCAGCAGACGCACUCGAACCUGAGAAGGAUGCUGCCGAGCCCUUGGAUGGCAUGCCAUCCUCCGAUUUACCUCGCGAUUCCGAACAAAACGCAACGUCUGACGACGCAGAAAAGACCAUACCGACAGAAGAGCUUGGAAUCGGCAUGUCAGCCGAGGAAACUGACGAAAAGGCUGUCGAGGUUCCUACCGGCGACGAGCAGGCAGCCGUUGAAGCCGUUGAUGCGGUGCCGCCUCAGGAUGGAAGCUUACAGGAGGCAGCUGUAGAGGCUGAACCUGUUUCAAUCGAUGCUGCUCCUGAGGUUGAACCCGAGGUCCCUUCAGCAGAGCCCACGAACGUGGACGACGCUGCCGUGGCUGAAGAACCCCAGCCCGCAGAGCCCAAAGAGGACCAGCCGGCUGCCCCUGAAGGCAGCGAUGCUACCCAAGACACAGCGCCCGAGGCGGUUGCGGCAGGUGGUGAGCCAGCAGGGGAGCCAUCAACAGCAACAGAGCCCGAGCCCGCCUCUGAAUCCCCAACUGCGGACGAACCAACCGCACAAGCUGAUGUUGCGCCAGCAACUGAUGGAUCAAUCGACAAAUCCGAGACUCUGGACGAGGCCCAGGAUAAGGCAGGUGAUGAGGCACCUGCGAAAGCUCCGGAUGUCGAGUCUGUGCCAAAAGAUGCCUCUGCAGCUGAAACUCUGGAUCCAGUCAGCGUGCCAGAAGCAUCUGCUCAACUAGAUGAUGGACCAGCGGCUGUAGAGAUCUCAAGUGAGCAGUCUGGAGCAGAAGCAGCUGAGGAGGCACCGGCGCCUGUCCAAGCAUCAACGGCCGAGCCGGCCGAUGCCCCAGAGACCGGUAGCAACGAUCACAACGAAGGAGCCAGCUUAGACAAGGCCCCCGAAGGUGACGUUACUCCUGCGGAUAAGGAAUCUGAACAGGAUUCGUCAACUGAGACCACAGAUAAACCUGCUCUCGAAGACAACGGGAAUAUCACUGGAGAGACUUCCGAUAAGCCUGCAGAGCCAGAGGCUGAUGCAGUUGAGGCUGUUAACGCUGAUCCUGAGCCGAAUUAUGAGACAGUUGAGCCGGCAGAGACUCCCGUAGAAGCAGAUGCACCCAAGUCUUCGGAUGCUGAGGCAAUUGCAUCUACCGUGGCGACUGGUGACGCCAGCGAGCAAACCGAACCUGUAGAGCUUUUUGAGGUCACUGAACAGCUCCCAGUCGCCGAUGCUGCUGAGCAGACGCCAGAGCUGGUCAAUUCAGCUGAAGCUUCUCAGGAAGCUGCAGCUGUCAACGAACAAACGGCCACUGAAGCUGAUACGGGCUCAGUGGAGCCACAAGCCGAGUCGGCUGCUGUUACGGCAGAUGAUCCCUCCGAUGCUCCAGCAGAAGCACCAGUUCCAGCUGAGGAUCUACCUUCAACUGUAGAUGCUACUGAUUCGCAGCCGAACGAGACCGCCGCAGACCAGGCCCCUGUCGAUGACGAGGUGCCAACCACCGAGGAGACCGAGGAACCAAGUUCAGAAGACGUCGAGACCAGUGCAACUGCGCUCGCCGCAGAGACUGUUAACAAUUCUGAGACAUCUCCACCAAACGACGCCGAGGGAGCUUCUGAUGUUCAGCCGAUUGCUCCCGAGGAGAGUGCCGUGGAUGUCAGCAAAGAUGAGCUAGCCGCUGAGCCUAUCGACCUUGGUGCAAUUGCAGUCUCGGAUGCCCCUGUAACAGAGACUGUCGAUGUGGACAAGGACGUGGCGGAGGGCGAAGCCGUCAUAGGACCUGCUACAGCCGCGGAUGAUGCUACCGCCGAGCCUGUUGUUGAGCAACCUGCCGUCGAAGAGCCGCCAGCAGUCGAAGGAACAGUCGCAGCAGACAAAUCUGGCCAUCAGAAUGCCACUGCAGCUCCGGAUGAAGACAUCCAUGAUGCUGUCGAGAAAGCUGCUACUGAGCCUGGGGUCUUGGAUGUGCCUGCAGCCACCCAAGCUCCCGAGGACCAGGAAGAGAGCUCAGCGGCACCCGAACCAGCUACUACGUCAGAAGAGGUUGAGGUUGCCGCUGGUCAAACGGUUUUAGCUCCAGAGGCUCCUGAGCCGGUAGUUAAGGACGACAUUACGCCCAUUGAUGGUGAUAUCCCUGCGGAAGCCGACGUGGAAUCAGGCGCCAAGGUGGACAUCGAACCAGAGAUUCCCGCAAGCUCAGCAGAGGUCGAGGAAAGCAAAGAGCCAGGAAUUUUGGCUGCCGAUGCUGCAACGGAGGUGGAAGCAGCGCCUGCUCCACAGGCUGAAGCGAUGGUUGCCUCGGACGAAGCUGUUGCCAAAGAGGCGGACGACAAGUCACUUGAUGCUGUUGAGGCCGCCCAACCGCCUACUGAGGUCGAAACUCUUGAGGCAACGGGUGACGCAGACGCCGUGAGCGAGGAAAAGGCCGUUGAUGACAUACCCGAGGAACCUUCUAAUACCGCAGAGCCUGUUGCUGAGGCUGCUACCGACAUUGUUGACGUUAACGAUAGUGACGCUGUGAGCAAAGAAAUUGAAGAGGAGCCAGCAGCUGAAGCAGCUGAAGCAGCUGCCCGCGAGUCGCUGGCCGAAGACAGCCAAGUCGUCGAAGAGCCGGCUGCUGAAGGCGCAGUUGAAACCGCAGCGGUCGAAGAACCUAAAGCGUUUGAAGAGUCUCCCAUUGAUGAGACAGUCGUUGAGCCAGCUACAGCAACUGAAAGCGAUGUGCCCCACGAAGAUAACUCAGACGAAGACGCACCUGAAGCCGCCGUCGAAGCAGCCGCUGCCAGCGAUCUGGCUCAGACCGAAGCACCUGAGGAGGCAGCAUCCGCGGAGGACAAUGAUGAUAAAGAACCUCAGGCUGAAUCCUCAGCCCUGGCCCAUGAGCGCGAGCCAGAGAACGAAAUUAAGGAACCGGCUGAAGCUACUGAAGCCGCCGAGAUGCAGGCAGUUACAGAGGCCGAGUCACAGGCGGAUCAGACAAUUGGCGAAAGUUUGCCGAGUGAAUCUGAGCCAGAACCAACUCCCGAGGUCGCUAGUGCGCCUGUUCCCGUCCUUGCUGACGAAACCACCCCCGACGACGCUCCCGAAGCAGAGGCUUGCCAGGCGACUGUGGAAGACGAUUCUGUCGAGGAAGACGAAAAGUCCAACAUGAAACAGACAGCAAUGGCAGCAGGUGCUGCUGCAGCUGUUGGGGCAGCUGGACUAAUGGCCGCACGCGCGAUGUCUUCAAAUGACAAGGGCGAGAAUCCUGAGUCACAGCGCAGUGUCGAUACAGAAAGACCCAAGAGGCCGACCGUCAAGCUUGUUAGCUCAGGUACGCAGACCGAUAUUAUACGGCCUAGAACUCCAUUUGGACUUCCCGCAGCCGGUUCGAGCGAUCCGAUCAGGGCAUCGACGCCCGGAGUGGUGCUCCCAGAUCUCAAGGACGAACCUGCGCGGCAGAUGAGCAAGGCGAGGAGCCUGAGAAGACAACGUAAGCUCUCCAUCCAGAAUGCUGAGGAGAUUGUUGCCACUGCCGUCAUCCUCUAUGCCACUUGCCAUGUUCUGAGCCCCAAGGGAUCCCCGCGCUUGUCGCCCACUGGAAGCCCCGUCCAGGGAUACGGGUGGCGCGACGCGGGAACAAACCCUUUCUCUCUGAGUCCAGAGAGGUCAAAGGCGGCGGAAUAUCCAGUAAAGAGGAGCAGGGACCGUGACAUGGACCAGGCGCUUCGCGAUUCCGUUGCUGACCUCUUUGCAGACGAUAAACGAUCGGUGGCGGACCCCGAGUCUCCGCGGACACCACGCAGCGGCCAUCACCACCGUUCGAGCCACCACUCUUCUCGAUCGAGUCGAACUCCCAGGGAAGACCGGACUCCUAGGGAAGAGCGCACACCAAGAGAUGAGAAUGGCGACGAAAAGAAGCACCACCGUAGAAGCCGCCCUGACCACCAUCGCGAUGCUUCAGGUUCGAUGUCUUCGCCCUCACACAAACCGAGACGCCAGGAUAGUGGAUAUUCGGAGGAGUCACACUCUCGGAGAUACAGAACCCCCGAAGAGCAGCAAGAGCACGAGAGGCGUCGCGCUGAACGUCACGCUGCCCGCUCCCCAGAGGAGCAACAGGAACACGACAGGCGGCGUGCUGAGCGUCACGCCGCUCGUGCGCUACGUGAAAAGGAAACAGGCCAUGGCUCGCCUACACCGGCUCCAACCUCCCCGCCUGUGAGCACCAGCGACAGGGCGAGGUUGAGACGACAUAGCCACAGAUCUGCAGCAAGGGAAGAGAUGCCACCACCUCCACCGCCAAAGACUGGCCUCUUCGGCUCAAGCAGGAGUCGUCACUCCAAGCCUGCUGACGGCGUCGACUAUUCCUACGGCACGGGUGACAUCCCGCCUCCUCCUGCUCGCAGCAGCAGCAUCAGGAGAGAUCGGGACCUUUCGAUUGUCCCUCCUCCUUCAGAAUCUCUUCCGGAACGUUCACAUACCACCAGGUCGCGGCACCGAUCCAGCCGCGUGACAGAAGACGCCAGCACCUUGCGCAAACUACAAAAAGCCCGCGAAAAGGUAGCUGAGGAUGCUCGGCGCGCCGCGGAGGAGUCUGGCUCGGGGAGGUCAUCUCAAGACUAUGCGCGGUCGAGACGGGCGUCUCGGGAUGCUGUGCGUCCCAUGAGAGCAAGUUAUGAGCCUUCGGCUCGGGAGAGUCCCACAGUUCGCUCGAUUAACAAGACCAAGGACGACCUGGAGCAGCCGCGUGAAGAGGCGCUUCACCGUCGGACUCGCUUCGAGAAGAGGGAGCAGCUUCAGAGGCGGGCAACUACCGCCGGGCGUGGAGAGCGCGAUAAGGAGGAAAUCGCGGAUGGUGAAGAAGAAUCUGACCACGUCAAGGACAAGAAGGAGAAGAAGGGAGGCAUCCGGUCAGUGUUCAAGAGACUGUUUACGUCGUGA